AUGGUGUUUCAAGACUGCACAUGCAAGAGGGUGCCAGUGAAAGUAGGGCAGAAACCACCUGGAAAACCAAACGGAAUUGGCUGCUCUGGCGGACUUAAUUUGGGACAAACACACACAAUAUCAGUGUAUUCCACGAUCGUCUUUGCUAAAGGGACAACAUCGCGCCAAGUUGACGGUUGCUACGUCCAGAACAGCUCUACAGGGGCAGAGCUUUCUGCCAACUAUCCAUGCCCUCUGAGCAAUAACGGACACGUACUCGAAUUCGAAAAAGGAGCGACCUACCAGGCGUGUGUCGAAGGCGACAACGAUUCUCCAGAUACACUUUCAUUCCAAUGGAUUGUCACGAGCUCAAUUGGGCACUCGAAGCGGGACGAAUUCAUGCAGGCCAUCUCGUACGAUAAAAGCAUUGUCCGUGGUAAUUUUAAGGGAAGUGUUAUAGUCGUUGAUAAGGAUGGGGCAGAACUCCAGCGAUUUGAUUUAUAA